GUGAAAAAUUUGGAACUAGUAUCAAUCCAUGUUGCCUACUGAAAUUAAUGAUGAACUAUUACUAGAUUAUGAGGACUUCGUAGUAAAACUGAAACAAGCAGUCAUAAACGAAAAAUGUUCUCCAGAACUGCUACCCUAUGAAGAUUUUUUGGUUGUGAGUUUGACAGAAACCUUGGAAAAUCAGGAAGAGAAUUUGGCCUUAAUUAACUUAGAUGAUCCAGUUGCUUUAUUACGCUCACAAAUAGGUUAUAUUGAAGUAGAUCGCAUUAAUUAUUUGUUGAAAAGUUAUAUGAGGACAAGAAUGUUUAAGAUGGAAAGUUUUCCCGCUUUUACUAUUAAGUCAAAGAAAAUGCGCCAGAGACUGUCUCCAGAUGAAUUUUCUUAUUGCAAAAGAUAUGUAGAUCUAGUUUUUGGGCACUUUAUGCAGUCGUUCUUGUCUUUUCUGCCAGAGAGGUAUCAAGACAUUGCUCUGUCCAACGACGACAUUGAGAUGGUACCAAAACCGUCCCUCGAUCGCCACGUUUUUGUAAGCUUUAGAGAAAGACUUGAAGAUCUGCAGAUUUCCACAGACGAAUACAUCUCUGUGGAUGCAGGGGAUACGUACUUACUGCAGUAUGGUCUUGUCAAAGAUGUACUGCUCAACGGGCAACUGAAUCUCGUUUAAAAACAGGUAGCAACAGUAGAAACGUACUAA